ACCUCUCUCUCUCUCUCUCUCUCUCUCUCUCUCUCUGUCUCUCUGCGCUUUUGUGAGCGAUCACGGUUUGCUCGAUAGCUCGCUCUCCCCUCUUUUUGUAAUGCUGUGGAAGUGACGUUAUAGCCACUGCCGACCUCCGCCCACCUCCCUGGGAUCCUCUCCUCGAAAACCCUGGCGCCGCCACCCUACUCCGAUCCCCGUGCGGCGACGAAGCUCCAUCCCCGCGGCCGGAUUCGUAACCCCGCAUUCCCCGGUGCUGGUGCAGAAGCCCGCCAGAGAAAGGGUGGCCCCGCUUCCGGCGGAAGGAGGAGCGGCCCCACCACCCCCUUGCUUCGGUGGAAGUUCAACGAGGCACCCCCGCCGAAGCCCAGCCGGAAGGCCGAGAAUGCCGGCUCCAGUGAGGCACCGCCACCUCUCCCAGGAGUCUCCGCGAGGAAGCUCGCGGCGGGGAUCUGGCAUCUGCAGCCUCUGGAUGCCGGUAGCGGCGUCCUCGGCGGCGGAGGAGAAGGCCGGCGAGCUCCUCCAUGUCUUGAGCCCUAUCCACGGGUAUCAAGAAGUUCAGCUACUUUGUAAUCCCCUCAGCACUGAUCUCCACACUAAUAAAAGUAAGAAGAACGAUUUUGCCAGUCCUGUCUCAGUCUCAAGUCCAAGAUAUGGAAAUAUCCACAGGUUUGCUGGAUUUCCGAGUGCUGAAAUGGAGAAGGCAACUAAAUGGGACCCUGGCAGCUCAAUGACAUUGGAGGAGGUCUAUCGAUUCUACAAUCACCUGAAGGUUGUGGAACAUGAGGAUGUGAACACAGUGUCCAUUGUUUCGUCUCUCUGUACUGAGCUGGAAAAGGCUCAUGCCCGCAUCAGUGAGCUUGAGACAGAACGGAGAUCAGCAAAGAAAAAGUUGGAUCAAUUCUUGAAAAGCCUUGCUGAUGAGAAGGCAUCAUGGCAGAGCAGAGAGCACGAGAAGGUCCAGGCUAUAAUCGAGGCAAUGAAGGCUGACCUUGAUAGAGAGAGGAAAAGGCGGCAAAGGAUAGAGAUUGUCCAUACCAAGCUGGUCAAUGAACUCGCUGAGACGAAGUUGGCUGCGAAGCAGCUCUUGCAGGACUAUAAAAAAGAAUGCAAAGCACGUGAGCUUGUUGAGGAGGUCUGUGAUGAGCUCACGAAAGAGAUUGGCGAAGACAAAGCUGAAAUUGAAUCACUGAAGAUGGAAGCAUUAAAUAUCCGAGAACAAGUUGAGGAGGAGAAGAGGAUGCUGCAGAUGGCAGAGGUAUGGCGAGAAGAAAGGGUUCAGAUGAAGUUAAUUGAUGCAAAGCUGACUCUUGAGGAGAAAUACUCACAACUGAGGGACCUGAAAGCAGAGUUAGAAGCAUUUUUGGCUGCAAGGAUGGAUGCGGACAUGGAUGUUGCACUAAGGAGGGAAGCUGAGUUGCUUAAAGAAAAAGCAAACUCAGUUACUGUUGAAGAGAUAAAAGAGUUCUCUUACCAGCCACCACCUGCUUCAGAAGACAUCUACGCUGUUUUUGAAGAACCCCAACCAAGACAAGAAACUAAUGAAAUAGACAUCCAACUUUGCUGUGGUCAUAGCCCUAGAAGCUAUGCAUCCAAGGUUAACACGGCAAGUCCUGAGACAGAUGUCUUUCUAGGACAUCCAAUGAAGCAGCAUGAGUUGAUAGAUAGCGAUGAUGAUGUAGAAGAUGAUAGUGACUGGGAAACAGUGAGUCAUGCCGAGGAGCAAGGCUCAAGCAAUACACUUGAUGUGAGUGAACCAUCUGUUAAUGGUUACUGUAAAGAAAGCAAUGCUUCAGUGAGCAUAGCAGACUGGGAGGAGAAUGGAAACAACAGACUGAAUAACGAAAUCAUCACGGAUUGUUCUGCAAAUGCAAUGUCAAGAAAAAAGGUGUCUUCAAUAUGUAGGCUUUGGAGAUCAUCAACACAUGAUAUUAUUGAAGACCUGAAGAGAACACCGGUUGAGGUGAAACCUGGGAGGCUUUCAGAUGGAAGGAUCUCCAAUGGAACCCGAGCUUCAACUAAUGGUGAAGAAUAUCAGAAACUUUCAGUUGAGCAUACAAAUGGAAUGAUCUCCAAAGGAACCUUGUCUCCUGACUUAGGGUUCGGUGAAGUUGGUUUAAGCCCAGGUAGCAUAACACAGUGGAGCUCUGCUGAUUCACUGAAUCUCCAUACGACGCGAGAAAUGAAAGGGUGUAUUGAGUGGCCACGAGGCAAACAGAAGUACAGUUUAAAGGCGCAGUUGAUGGAGGCAAGGAUGGAGAGUCAAAAGAUUCAGUUGCGGCAUGUCCUUAAACAGAAAACUUAGCAUGUUCGUUAAUACAGGAUAUGAAGCGCCGAAAAAAGUGAAUACAUUCUUGCUCAUCAAGAAAAGAAUGUUUUCCUUUACUGAGGCUGUUUCGGACAGUCUCCACGAAAGAUUGAACACCUUGCUAUGGGAUAGGCUUCAUGGAACUUUAGCGCACAAUUUUUGUGGAACUUGUAUUCUGUUGUAUAUGCUGUCUGGACAACCAAAUUCUGAGUAAUGUCUUUGGAAAACUGUCAACCAGCAAAUCUUGUGGAAAACUGGUAGUUAUUGAGGAAUUUUCGGCCUUGAACACCAUGGUGAUUAUGCAAUGAGCCAAAGUUUGUGAA